UUUCUCCUUUUUAAUGUUUUCCUUUCUAAUUUUUUCCUUUCUGAUUUCUCCUUUCUCGAUUUUGUCAGGCACCCCCCUUUAAAACCGGGGUGCCUUCGGCCGUGCCACAACAAAGAUGGCGGCCCAACAGGAAAUGGUUUCAGCCACAAACAAGAUGGCAGCCGGAAGUAUGGGCAGUCGCCUAAUGCCCCGCUCAAGAUGGCGGCUCGUCGAGCCGCCUUCGACCUUCCAAAGACGGCGGCCAAAAAAGGCGGGAAAACACAAGGACCACCCAUGGGCGUCGACCCAACUGCCUGCCCCCGACCCCGAAAACGGCGCCGCUCAGGAACAAUUUUCAGCGUCGCUUCCCGGCGCGAGGGAGCUGUGUGCCCGCUGUGCCGCGCCGCGGUGCGGUUGCGGCAGCCAUUUUGGUGAGGCGCCUGAGUAACCAGCUACCCGGGGCCUUCGGGGGUGCCACAAAAAAGAUGGCGGCUCUACCGGAUGUCUCUUCACCACAACCAAGAUGGCGGCUACGACGGGCGGAAGUAACGUGACACCACUCUCAAGAUGGCGGCUCAGCGAGCUGCUUUCGACCUUCCAAAGAUGGCGGCCAAAAAAGGCGGGAAAACACAAGGACCACCCAUGGGCGUCGACCCAACUGCCUGCACCCGACCCCGAAAAUAGCGCCGCCCGGGAACAACUUUCAGCGGCGCUUCCCGGCGCGAGGGAGCUGUGUGCCCGCUGUGCCGCGCCGCGGUGCGGUUGCGGCAGCCAUUUUGGUGAGGCGCCUGAGUAACCAGCUACUCGGGGCCUUCGGGGGUGCCAGAAAAAAGAUGGCGGCUAAACCGGAUGUGGCUUCACCACAACAAAGAUGGCGGCGACGACGGGCGGAAGUCACGUGACACCACUCUCAAGAUGGCGGCUCGGUCAUGGUGCUGAGCUCCUGGUGCACUGGAGGUCAGCAGUGCACUGACUUGUCUCAGCUCUCAGUGCAGUGCUUCAGAAUGUUAACCAAAACAAGGAUAGAAAAAAUAACCCUGCUUUGUUUCAGCAGAGGCAGCAGCUCUGUCUUCUCUCCACACUUCAUCCAUGUUUGUGCAUAUUCACACAUAAAGUACAGGUGUGUAUCUCACCAUACAGAAACCAGCAGAGACACAAGUGAAACUUCAUCCCCUGCUCAUCUGAGCUUUUAUUAUGUUAGGGGUUUACAUUGGGCAUCAACUAUUUAUAACAACACAGGUUUACCAGGUGGCUGGAUAGGAGCAGAGAGAAAAAAUUCCAAUACAAAUAUCUCAACUGUUUAAAUUUCACUUGCAGAUCUGGCUCUUACUAUGCCACUAAAUUAGACACUUGGACUUAGGACACACUGCGGGGCUUUCCUCUGGUGUGGAGUUUAAGUUUAACCUAAAUUCAGUUUUGGAUUUUUAAAUGGAGUCAUUCUUCAGUUUAAAAAAAGAGGAAAAGGGUCACACAGCAAAUUAUUAGGGAAAUGAACUGUUUUCUGUGGAAUUCUCAGUAAUUGGUCCAUCCCUCUCCCCUGAAUCCAUCCAGUACCAUUUAAAGUGAUCACACCAAUCAUCACAGUAUUUAGGCAUAGAUUACAUUCAUAAAGAAAAAUGAAAAUGCUGUUCUAGUAUGCCAGUGAAAUCUGCUUUGACAAGUUAAUCCAGUAUUUAUUUAAUUAAACAAUGGUAGUAAAAUAUUUAAUUGCACUUUAAGAUUUCUAUUUCUGUCACCCAGCCAUGGGAGAAAUUCUGAACUCAGCAUAUGUCAAGCAAUGAAAAUGCCUCAAGCACAUCAAACACCAGGCCAUUAUACAGAUUAAUGAAAGAAAAAGAGCUGCAAUGUACACAGGUAUUAAAUAUUUAAUUCCCUUCCUGCUCUUUGAUUUUGAAGCAAAAGGGAAAUAUCCCUCUGCUCCCUCAACCCAGCCCUGUUUGUUUCUGAGGAAUGUUAAUCAGCUUCCCAGUGCCAGCAGGCUACAAUCACCAACUACUACUUAGUUUUAGAUAAUGAUAUUGGUAAUGAGGCUCUAGUUUCUUAGUGGCACCAGACUGAGCUUGACUUAGGUUUAUUCAGUUAUUUAUUAAGAAUGUUGUUGUGCAGUGUGAACAGUUUGAGCAUGCUUAAUGCCAAAUAUUUGUCUUUCAGUUAAUAGUGUCAACACACCAUUUUAAAACAGGUUUUGCUGAUAGAGCAGCUGAUUUUAAAUUAACUUUCCAUUAAACAGAGACAGUAUUUGUCUCCUUGUUACUCUAAUUACACGCGCUCCCGGCCGUGUCCGUGCGAUGGCCGGGCCGCCCGCGGGACUCGGCAGCAGGAAAACACCGAGCGCUGCGUGUUUAAAGGGAGCCGGCCCCGCUUGCCCGUGCGGCGCCUCGGCCCGGCCCGCGCCGCCCUCAGGGAGCCGAGCGGAGCUGCGGGAGCGCGGGGAGCGGCACCGAGUGCGGUUCGACCGUGCCGAGCUGUCCCGAAGAGCGGAACCUAAGCGACUGCAUAGCCGAGCUGUGCCGGUUAGAUCCGAGUGUAGCCGAAGAGCCGAAAACACCCGAGGAUUUCCGAACAGCCGAAAAGAGCCGAGCAUUGCCGAGAUCGGCCGAGUUAUGCUGAACGGCCGAAAAUGGCCGAGUGCAACCGAUAACAGCCGAACCCAACCGCGUUUAGCCGACUGGAACGGAGUCGAACCGAACAAGCCCCGCCGAACCUCGCCGAGUUCGCCCGGUUUGGACCCUAUAGCCGCGGCCGAACCAAGGCUCUGCUGCAGGUGUAUUCGAGACAUCUUUCCUCUUUGUUUGACAGAAGGAAGAGGGAAAAAAAAAAAAAAAAAAAAAAAAAAAAAAAAAAAAAAAAAAAAGAGGAAGAAAAAACGGGAGCAGUUCCGGGGCGGUCCCGGGGCGGUCCCGGGGCGGUGUGCGCCGUCACUGCCGCCUUCUCGGCGGGCGAUUCCAAGGCGCUGUCGGGCUCUCUGCCGGCCGGUCGGCGGGCGGGCGGCCGGGACGCGAUGGCGCUGUGCCCGGAGCUGGAGCGCUCGCUGUCGCUGCUGCAGCCGGGCGCCGGCCGGGCCCGGCAGCAGCAGGAGCGGCGGGCGGACGCGGCCCCCACGCCCAUGGUGUUCAUGUGCGCCGGCUGCGGGCGCCCCGUGGGCGACACCCGCACCUGGGGUUCAGUGUCGAGGACAGCGGUCCCAUCCUGCUGCGCAGUGAGUACCAGCGCUGCCACCCCCGUGCCGCCGCGGUCGCUGCCGCCGUGCCUCCUGCCCUGCCUCCCGCCGCAGCUGCGGCCGCCAGCGUCGCCGCGGACCCGGGGCGGAAGGGCUCCGAGCUCCCCGGAGAGUGCGGAUGGUAUGAUAACGCAACUUGCAGAAAAGUACAGCCUACCAAUGAAAACAAGUUUCAGCUCUGCUCGUGGAUUUUUUAUCCAGAUGAAUGCUGAUUGUUCAACAUUACCUAAUGGCCAGCUUCCUUCAGAAUUUACAAAGAUCACGAAAAUGAAAAACACAUACAGCUUCACUUCAGCUGAUUUAAUAAAAAUGAAUGAAAGAUGUCAGGAGUCCCUGAGAGAAAUCUAUCACAUGACCUAUUUAAUAGUGUGUAAACUACUGAAUGAGAUCUAUGAACACAUUCAUUGCUUAUACAAGCUGUCCGACAUUGUGUCUAUGCUGGAUAUGCUGCUUUCGUUUGCCCACGCCUGCACUCUUUCUGAUUAUGGACCAAAUAUGAGUGGAAAAUCAACAUACCUGAAACAAAUUGCUCUCUGUCAAAUUAUGGCACAGAUUGAUAACGUACAUCAUACAAAAUGCUAAUGAUAAAUCUCUCAUCAUUAUUGAUGAACUUGGCAGAGGUACCAGUGCCGAAGAAGGUAUUGGCAUUUCUUAUGCUGCCUGUGAA